CAUUAUAAAUAGUAGUAUUGUUAUCCACAUUAUCUAGACAUACAAGUAAAGCCUCUCACAUAAUCUGUUUUAUAAAGUCACAUCACAUGGCUGAAUUCACAGCAGAUUUGCAUAGUUUUAGACCUUCUUUUCCUUUCUUAGAUAUUAACACUAUGGAACUAACAAAUGGAUUCAAAGGGGUGAUGAAUGUGAAUUCACAUAUCCUAAACAACAACUCAAGUUUGCAUAUGCAGGACUUUUUAAUGCCUUUCAACACAAGUCACAGCUUCAUAAGUUCUCCAGAAUCUGAAUUUUCAGGCCUUGUCCAUUAUGUUAAUCACAGUGAUCUUCCAUCUUCACUUACCAUAUCUUCAGCAGAUAAUGAAAUCCAACAAGGUAAAAAGCGCAAAGCGGUUGAUACGCCGGACACCAUGUCAGCAAACUCAACUCCUGCAGUAUCUGAGAGUGGCAGCAACACAAAAAAUAACUAUGGAAGAGGGAAGAGAGGAAAAAAGAAUGAAACAGAAGAAAAGAAAUCAAAGGAAGUAGUUCAUGUUAGAGCAAGAAGAGGCCAAGCUACUGAUACUCACAGUUUAGCAGAAAGGGUUAGAAGAGGGAAAAUCAAUGAGAAACUUAAAUUCUUACAGAACAUUGUCCCGGGAUGUUAUAAGACUAUGGGAAUGGCAAUAAUGUUGGAAGAGAUCAUAAACUAUGUUCAGUCCUUGCAGCAUCAAGUGGAGUUCCUCUCUAUGAAGCUUAAUGCAGCAAGUGCUUUCUAUGACUUCAACUCACAGACAGAUGCUUUCGAAACAGUGCUGAGAGCAAGGGCAUCAGAAGCAAAAGAGUUGGCGAAGAAUGAGAGAGAGGGACAUGGCAUUCAACCAACUUGGCCUUAUUGCUUUUAAGUUUUAACCACACAAGUCAUGAACCAUGAAGAAGUUAUAUAUGUUUUUCUAGUUCCUACCAUUUUAGAAGAUCAUUUGUUUCCAUUCGUUCACAAUUCUUGUUUGUAUAAUCCCAACAACUCAAUUGAGCCAAUACGUGAUGUGUUCUUGAGUGAAAAUUGAAAUAUAUUAUAAUAAUAAAA